AUGUUCCAGUCAAGCAGACGCCCAAAGGCAACCCUCCGACCCGUAUCCUCCUCCCGAAAUGGUGUCAAGAAGCCGCCCAAGUGGACGCCGCGCACAGCCAAACCAAUUGCGGAGCCAGCUACAUCCUCAUCACUACGCCUUCAGUUUACGCCUCUGCAUACACGAGUCUUGACCCCCUACCCAUUCAACUUGUACCAUGACGAGGACGAUGAGGAGCCUGAGGUUGAUUGCGAGCUCCUGUACGAUGACGAUCUCCUGUACGAUGAGGAGCCUGAGGUUCCUGGCCAGAUCCUGUACGAUGACGAGUCUCAAGACGAUGAGGAGCCUGAGGACAACAUCAUCGUAAACAGCGUAGAGCUCGGUCCCUCGAUGCGAAGCAUAGGCGUAGCGCACUACCUCGAGCAAAUCGCCAAGUUCAGUCCUGAUGACUUCACUCCGCUGUCACCAUCCGACUACAGCCUAAGCGACUUCAGCCUGCGCGAAUCUUCAUCUCCAAGCUGCACACCGUGGUCAGACGAGGACGAGGACGAAGCAACAGGCUCUGGGAUCAAUCCCCCACAAGGCCGCUGGGGCCCUCAAGGAAUCAAUUACAACAACUUCGACAUGCCCAUGCCUCCCUCGUCAGUCGCCAAGUACGAGCGCGAGAUCUACAAAACUAGUACCUUCAAUCCAGCGAUUUGUCUGGCCAUCAUUCGCAUCGCCGAGAAGAACAUGCCUGCCAUCAACUUCAGUUCUGCCGUCAAUCAUCUCCCCAAUUUACGCCCCAGGGACCCUCUUCCAAAGCUCAAUGGCGGUAUCGUGAACGCUCAGUACAAGGAGAGGCGUGGCGACAUUGAGAUGAACGUCAUCUUCCUGCCGCAUUUCUACUACGAUGGACGUCACGCAUUGGGGUACUACGCGCUCUCUCCCGAGCCCGAUAACUGGGCAUGGGCACCCCACCAGGCUGAUCUCUUUGUCAAGCACGAGUUGUUCACGCCAUGCACUAGUUGGGAUCUUGAGCAGUACGACUUGGUCGAUUACGUGGAGGGACUAGACACUACAUUCUCCACCGAUGGAGAGGGAUUGGAUGCGGAGUACAUAGAGAGUGUCGGUGUGAGGGGUGGAAUGUGGCUCGCUUGGAAUGUGGUUGAAGACUAUGAGUAUUGGGUUGCAGAAUGGAGGAUCGUGAAGGGUGUUUGGGAGAGGGAUCUGGCGAUGACAAGAGGAGUUGAGGAGACUAGUAUGAGCGAGCUGGAGACGUGGCGUGUAUCGAAAUACUAG